AUGUCUAGAGAGGUUGGAGAAUUGGGAGAUAUUAAGGGUGCGGGAAAUGCCACCGGUAGCAACGUGACUACCGCAUCCUCUGGCAAAUUUGAAGGAAACGCUGGUAAAGCUGAAGGUGAUUUGGGCAAGUACGAAACUAAGGUCGAUAAUGCUGGUAAAACUGAAGGAGAUUUGGGUAAGGUAGAGGGCAAUGCUGGCAAAACUGAGGGUAACUUGGGUAAGAUUGAAGGAGAUGCUGGCAAAACUGAAGGAAAUCUUGGGAAGGCUGAAGGAGACCUUGGAGGUUCAGGUCACUUGAAGACUGAAGGGAACUUAGGGAAGUCUGAGGGCAACUUGGGCAAAACCGAGGGCAAUUUGGGUAAAGCUGAAGGUAACUUAGGUAAAACCGAAGGCGACCUAGGCCAGCACGGAGCAAAGCAAUGA